CACUCACCUCACUAUAAAUUUGACAGUUUGUCAAAACUGCAAAUGGUUGAUGGACUUGUGAUGUGCUUUUUGUAGAAAAAAAAAUUGUUAAACCCAUUUUUACACUCGAAAACCACUUCUCUGAUGUGAUAAACAUUAUAUUUUUGCUGCGACGUGCCAGAAAUUUAAAUUUUGUGACUCGAGGGGUCAUUCACACCGAGUCAAAUUUUCAACCUCAAGUUCGGACUUACAAAAAAAAUAUAACUUUGGUGGAUUGCUGAUAAACUUGUGAUAGAUUGUUCUGAAGCUUAGAAGAUGACGACGUCUUCGGAGGACGUCUUGCUCAGCGUGGGCCAUGUUCGGUUUAAGAAGGGGGAUGGUACAUUAUAUGUUAUGAACCAAAGAUUGGCAUGGAUGCUGGAGAAUCGGGAUACAGUGGCCGUAUCUCACAAAUAUGCUGAUAUUAAAACACAAAAAAUAUCACCGGCUGGCAAACCAAAAGUUCAAUUACAAGUAGUGCUGCACGACGGGACAUGUUCAACGUUCCACUUCGUGAACCCGGCAGGUGCGGAGGCUCAGGCCAAAGACAGGGACCAGGUCAAGAUGCUAUUGCAGAACUUGCUGCCAAAGUUUAAGAGGCAAAUCGAUGGAGAGCUGGAAAUGAAAUCUAGGUUAUUAUCCCUACACCCUACCCUGAAGCAUUUAUACGAGGAUCUGGUCAUAUCAAAAGUGAUAAAUAGUGAAGAAUAUUGGAACACACCUACAUUAAAAAACUACACAGAAUCAAAUAACAUUAAGCAGGAAGCUGGAGUGUCAGGCGCGUUCCUUGCUGACAUCCAACCUCAAACCGACGGCUGCAACGGCCUGAAAUACAACCUGACGCAGGACGUCAUCGACGCGAUAUUCAAGACGUACCCCGCCGUGCGCAAGAAACACGGCGACUACGUGCCCAAGAAGAUGACCGAGGCCGAGUUCUGGACUAAGUUCUUCCAGUCGCAUUACUUCCACAGGGACCGCAUCGCCUCAUCGUCGAGUAAAGAUCUGUUCGGUGAAUGUGCCAAAAUGGACGACCAAGCGAUUGCGUCCGCCAUGAAACACACCACACUGGAUCUCACGGUGGACAUACCCUCGUUCACGGAACCGCAGCCGCUGGCGGACGACGAGCCGCCGGAGCCGAAGGGCGAUUCCACGUCCAUCCACCGCAACAUGAUCAAGCGGUUCAACCAACACUCCAUCAUGGUGCUCAAAGCUAGUCAUAAAACAAAUAAUAGUAAUAACAGUAGCAGUAGUAGUAACAAAACAACAAAUAACAACAACAAAACGGAGAACGGCGUCGUCGGCAACGGAGUUGAGAAACGCGCUGCGGAGACCAAACCCGACGCGCCGCCGGAUAAAAAGCGGAGGAUAAUGGAGCAGAUACAUUACGAGGAUCUAGAAGCGGGGAAUGAUAAUGGGGAGACGCAGGAGUUGAAAUUGUCGAAGGUGGAACGGUAUCUCCUGGGCCCUUCGUCGCAGGUGCACCAGAGCGGGCCCAACACGAAUCCUCCGCCAUUGUCAGCGCUAGCGUCGAUAUGUCAGGCGUGGAGCAGCGGGCAGCAGUGCUCGCGGCCGGCGCGCGUGUCGGCGGCGGCGGCGGUGGCGGCGCUCGGCGAGCUCAGUCCCGGCGGCGCGCUCAUGNAAAGCAUUUGCGCCGCCAGCAUGGCGCAACUGAUCCCUCCCGACGUGGCAAGCGAACUCCAACGCAUCUACCUGUCGGGCGGGGAGUUGCUGCGCGAGCUGUGGCGCUGCUUCCCCGCGCCCGCCGCCGCCGGCGCCGACGCCGACGACAACGUGGCCAAGGCCGACAAGUUCUACGAGGCGCUGCUGAGGUUCCGGAACGUCAAGCUGCGCCCGUUCGAGGAAAAGAUGCUCCGCGACCUCACACCGCUAGCGACAUCUCUGACCAGACACAUGAACCAGAUGAUCGACGCCGCCUGCGCCAAGUACGCCAUGUGGCAGCAGCGCCAGGCCAAGCUGCGGUAGUACACGCUAAGUAAGACUGAUGACUUUUCAUAAAAUUCAUUAAUAUUCUGUGAGGAGUACAGCUAAAUAAGCCGGUGAAACUCUCACCCGUAGGACUGAUACAAUACUUUAAUACUGCGUGACGAACGAGCGGCAAAAUGCUCACCCGUAACUUUGAUUCGUAACAGUGUGAGGAGUUUAGUACAGUUAAAUUAGCGGGGAAACUCUCACCCGUAGGAAUGAAGAAAAUAAUUAUUGUAAGGAGUGCAGCUAAGGCGGCAAAAUGCUCACCCUUGAGACUAUUAGUAAAUACUAUGUGGGGAGUACAGCUAAUUAAAGUGGCGGAAUGCUCACCCGUAGUCGGAGAAGUGAUGGCUAAAAUAACUCACAAAUAAUGUGUGAGGAGUACAUCUAAAUAUGGCGUGGUUUUUGAUUAUUGAAUUGCCCACGCGUUAGACUGGUUCGUAACAGUCAGUGUGAGGUGUACAGUUAAAUAUCAUCCGCUAAUCUGACAAGUGAUAAUUGUGUCAGAUUACCUGUGUUGGAGUUGAACUGACAAAAAUCUAAAAGUUUUUAUAUCGUUUAGGACGCCCAAAAUGUUUAAUGAAUUCGGUCGUGAAGUUGUAGGGCUUUGCCUAUUUGACAUCACACCGUACAGAAGUCAAAUCUAUCUCUACUGUUUUCAAAUAGAGUUACGGAUUAAUUGAUUCUUGUUCGAUAUAAUUUGCUUCAUGAACAUCCUACAGACCAUGAAACAAGCCAUAUUUCACAAGUGUCUUACUACUUGGCAGUGUAUGGCUCACAUAUUAAAAAAGGGCUCAUAAUAAUUACGAAGAUUAGAUUGAAUUGAAGAAAAUCUUUAAGAAAGUGGAAGAUUUUUAGUGAAAGCAGUUUCUAUUCAAGUAAGGCAGCACAAAGAAAAAAGUCAAGGAACCUCAAGCUAAGUCGGUAAGUCGUGGACAUACGGUGCAUUUCAGGCUUUUUCAAAUAAGAUGCCUUUAACGGCCAAUGAAAUAUGCACCUUAUGGCCACGACAUUAAGACAAUUUAUCACUAACCUUGCUUUUAUUAUCUUGUUUGUAAACGGCUAUAGGACUUUGUUAUGGAAAAAUAAAAGAGUUACGAUUUAGGGUACGUUGGUGCAUUGAAGUGGAAAAGUGUUCAAAAAUAAUGUAUUAUAAUAUCGUCAGUAAGUGAUUGUAAAUUAUCAUUGUUAAAUUCAUUAAUAUAACAUGUCAUAAAAAACGAUAUUAUAUUGCCAAAAAAAAAAAUGAUAUAAAAUAAAAAUAUGCACAGGUAUACUCUCAUACAUCGACUUUUCUACAAUGAUUAUCUAAUAAUUUGACCAGUUAGGCUGCUGUUCGUCUAUUGUGUUUGGUCUAUGUUCAAAACCACAGAAUAUAGCUAGCUUCUUGGUCAAAUUGUAAAGAAGUUCAAUAUAAUCAUUGUAUCUGGUAUAACUACUGAUUUACCAUUACUGGUCACUAUUCAAUUCAAAGCAAUCUAUAAAGUAAUAAAAAAAACAUAUUAGAUAGGUUUUAAAAUUAUUUUAUAUACUUCUAUGUUUUGUUCGUUUAGUCCGCUAUUCUAUGAAUAGUGUGUUGUUUCUUUAAAAAAUAUUAUUGUGAUUCUUUUCAUAAUUUAAAUUAUUUAUAAGAAUGUGCCUGUUUCUGUUGAUAUUAAAAAUAAUUAAAGAUGACGUUACUCAUAGUUUCUUUAAUGUCGAUUUAAUAGUAAUUUGCAGUUUUAAUUUGUCUACCUAUUAGUUAAUUAUUUAACUCUCGACUAGUAAGCAAUAAUGUGAAUGCCUCGUUAA